AUGACAAAAAUUGCUACAUCAUUUGUAAAUCACUACAAAUUGACUUCACAAAUUAGUUUACCACAGCUUAGUAGUUAUAUUGAAAAGUUGGCUAGUAAACUUUUAAAUAGCAAGACAAAAGAGCAGGCUCAGAAAGCUAGUAUCAGACUAAAAGAUGCUUCCAAGAAUCCUAUCAAAAUUAUUGCUCAGAAUAUUAUAAAAAAUCUCUCACCUAAAAAGAUAAAUGAAAUAGCAUAUAACUUGGCUUCUUCUGCUCCCACUACUGUUGCUGAAAAUUCUCAGCUUAAUUUAUUAUGA